ACUUCCUUGCCCCUCGGCGCGACUCUGCAGCUCCACACCACGAAUCAUUCCACCAAGAUGCAGAUCGAACGGGCCCUAAAACGCCGAAAAAUAAUCUCGGAUCGUAGCUGGGAUAUAUUUCUCAGCUUUCAAUCCGCUCUGUACGUGUUUAGAACCGCAAUUGCCAUCUUCUUCCUCCAUAGUUACCGACGUCAUGACUUCCAUCAAGAUGGAGGGCAAUCCUGCCUUUGAGCGGAUUCCGCCAUGGACCAAGGCCAAGCUCCGACCGCAAGCCAUUGAAAUGAUCCAAAAAGUGUACGACUGGGUCGAGACAGAGUGUGUCCCUGCCGAACCGAUCAUGAAAGCGCAAAUCGAAAAGGAUAGAUGGACAACUCCACCUUUGAUGCACGAGCUGAGGAAAAAGGCGAAGGCAGCUGGUCUUUUCAACAUCUUUCUGCCGAAUCACUUCAAGGAGAGCCCUGGCCUGACGAAUCUCGAGUAUUCGUGCUGCGCGGAGAUCAUGGGUCGUUGCUACUGGGCGGCGCAGACGAUGAACUGCCAUGCCCCAGAAACGGGCAACAUCGAGCUUCUGGCCAAAUACUGCACCGAUGAGCAGAAGGAAAAGUGGCUCAAGCCGCUCAUGAACGGUGAGAUGUCCUCCGCUUACUCGAUGACGGAGCCAGACGUGGCCGCGUCCGAUGCGACCAACAUUGCUUGUCGUAUGGAGAUCACGGACAAGGAGGUCAUCAUCAACGGGCGCAAGCUGUACGGAAACGUGUCCUACAACAAGGAGAUGAAGAUUUUCAUUCUCAUGGGCUGCUCGGAUCCUACGAACCCGAACCCGUGGAAGCGUCACACUACUCUCAUCGUACCCUCCGACGCUCCCGGCCUCACGAUCAAGCGGAACCUCUCUAUCAUGGGCUACGACUGGGCUCCAGAGGGACACGGCGAGUACGUAUACGAGAACGUGCGGGUGCCGAAGGAGAACAUCAUCCUUGGGCCCGGCCGCGCCUUCGAGAUUGCCCAAGGCCGGCUUGGCCCCGGAAGAAUCCACCACUGCAUGCGUCUGAUCGGGCAGACGGAGCGUGCGUACGAGCUGGCCCUCAUCCGGGCCAUCGACCCAAAGAUCAAGCCGCGGGGCAAGCUCAUCGGCGAGUUCGACAGCAACAUCGAGCGCCUCGCGCAGAUGCGCCUGGAGCUGGACCAGAUGCGCCUCGUCGUCCUCAACGCGGCGGACACGAUGGACAUCAUGGGCAACAAGGCUGGAAAGUACGCCAUCGCGCAGAGCAAGAUCCUCGUCCCCAUCCAGGCCGCCAAGAUCAUCGACGAGUGCAUGCAGAUGUACGGCGGCCAGGGCCUCACGCAGCACACCGCCCUGCCCCAGAUGUGGACGUACGCUCGCUUCGUGCGUCUCGCCGACGGGCCGGACGCCGCACACAGACACCAGGUCGGACGCGACGCCCUGAAGACGGCCCCGGCGUUCAAGGAGCGACACGCGGCCUACGUGAAGAGGCACAAGGAGCUGUGCGAGAAAUGGGGCGUGAAGUACGUGCCGUACGGAGGCAUCGAGUACUAAUCCAACAUACCUCUGCAACGGCAAAGUGAAAAACAAAAAACAAACCAAAAAAAAAACACCCCGGCACCAGCGCCGUAAGAGCCGGGGGCAGGGGAAAUUCGAACCACUGCAAAUUUCAUCGCUCUCAUGUAUUAUUUUUUUUUCUCUUUUCAUGAUAUCUUUGCUCUGCCAUACUGCUAAAUCGAACCCCCCCCCCCCCCC